UAUCUCAAGUUCUUGAUGCAGACUAACCCCAGAAGCACCAACACAGAGCAUGAGUCUCGUGACGCUAGCGCUGCUGUGCGUGGCGGUGGCUGCGCUGUGGGCGUACUCGAAAUGGCGCCACAGCUACUGGGCCUCGAGGGGUGUGCCGACGCCGCCGUACGUCCCUAUCCUUGGUCACAUGCAUCAAGCGCUCUCGAGGGAAGGGAAAUGGAAGCUUAUCACAAAUAUGGCGGAUCGAAGUUUUGUGGACUGUAUGAAUUCUUUACGCCGGUCCUGCUGGUGGGGGAUCCCGACCUCCUCAAACACAUCCUCGUGAAGGACUUUGACCACUUCGUCGACAGAAUGACUUUAGCAUUGCCACACGAAAAAGACAAGAUGACGGCUCAAAUGUUGUCGUUAAAGAAAGGAGAUGAAUGGAAACAGCUGAGAGCCAUCAUGAGUCCGACCUUCUCUUCGGGCAAAAUGAAGGGAAUGUUUCCUCUUGUGUGUGAAAAGGCCGACGCCUUCGUCACUUUCUCUCUCAAUGACUCGCGAGGGAAACCCUAUGUUGAUAUGAAAUACAAUUUUGGUCGCUUUACCAUAGACACUAUUGCCUCUUGCGCCUUUGGCAUCGAGUGCAAUUCACUUGUAGACGAAGACGCCGAAUUCCCCAAAAAAGCUGACAAAUUUUUCGAAGCAACUCCUUUCGAUAUUCUAAAAUUCUUAUUUAUGAAUACGUUACCUAGCCUAGCAAAGUUGCUCAACCUCCGGUUCACUCAUCCUGAAGCUGAUUUCCUGGAGGAAGUUGUAAGACACACAAUAAAGGAAAGAAUGAAAGGAGAAAGACGUGGGGAUUUCCUGGACUUACUCUUGGAAGCUCGCAAUUCUGAUGGCGCCGCCAAGGAAGUGAAGGAAACUGGAGUUGAUAGUACUACCAAGUCAAAAUAUCUGCUGGAUGACAUCACCAUCGCCUCCCAGUGCAUGUUGUUCCUCAUNCCCUUCUGCACCCUCUCCCCCACCCCCACCAACUCUUCCUUAUCAUUCCGUCCUCCUUCUCCCGUAGGAAUGGACGGCCUUGUCCUCGCAGCCGCCGCGUCAGUGUCUCCUCAGAACAGGUACCAGGAAUCGGACAUCCCUGGCCGUUGUAUCAGGGAGGCAAUGAGGAAAUCGCUAUGA